UGAGUGAGUGUAAGAAAAGCAUUAGGAAAAAUGACACCAUCAAAUUCUCUCGUUUUGGUGCUUUCAUAUUCCUUUCUCUUCUUUUUAGUUAUCGCAAGAGAAGGCCAUACUUUGGACCGAAGCAUAGAAGCCCACCACUACCACACCCUUGAACUAAGCUCUUUCCUACCAUCCUCCAUUUGUAUCCCUCCCACUAAAGAUGCGAAGAAACAAGGAUCAUUGCAAGUGGUUCAUAAACAUGGACCAUGUUCUACGAUCAAAGAAGACAUGGUCAAACCCUUAACAGUAGAAGAAAUCUUCUCCCAUGACCAGUCAAGAGUUGACUCAAUCCACUCCAAGUUGACCACCAUCACAACCACCGGAAAAAAAGACACGAAAACCUCCAAAGCCACCAUCCCUGCAAAAUCCGGCAGCACAAUCGGCUCCGGCAACUACAUAGUCACAGUCGGAUUAGGCACACCAAAGAAAGACCUCUCACUCAUUUUUGACACCGGCAGCGACCUAACAUGGACCCAGUGUCAACCAUGUGCUCGGUCGUGCUACAGCCAGCAAGAACCCAUAUUCACACCGUCGUCAUCCACCUCAUACACCAACAUCUCAUGCACUUCAACCGAGUGCUCCGGCCUCAUCUCCGCCACCGGAAACACACCCGGUUGCAGCUCAUCCACCUGCGUCUACGGAAUCCAGUACGGUGAUCAGUCCUUCUCAGUAGGGUUCUUCGGAACAGAGAAACUUACACUCACUUCAAAAGACAUAAUUGAUAAUUUCUAUUUCGGGUGUGGCCAAAACAACCAAGGACUGUUCGGCGGCGCCGCCGGGUUGCUAGGUCUUGGUCGGGAUAAGCUCUCGGUUGUGUCACAGGCUGCUAAGAAAUAUGGGAAAGUCUUCUCCUAUUGUCUCCCAUCAAGGUCUAGCUCCACCGGUUUUUUGAACUUUGGAGGUGGCGGAGCUUCCACCGGAGUUAAGUACACACCGCUUUCUACCUCACAAGGGAGCUCCUUCUAUGGGCUUGAUCUUGAAUACAUAAUCGUAGGUGGAAAAAAAUUAGCAAUAAGUCCGACUGUUUUUUCAACAUCGGGGAUGAUUAUAGACUCAGGAACAGUGAUAACUCGGCUACCACCCACGGCUUACUCGGCUCUAAGUACGGCAUUUAAAGCACAGAUGACACAAUACCCGUUGACUAAAGCAUUGUCUAUACUUGACACAUGUUACGAUUUUACUAAAUUUAGUAGUGUUAAAAUACCAAAGAUAAGUAUGGUUUGGGGUGGGAAUACAAUCGUGGAUAUUGCGGCUUCUGGGACACUUUAUGCAAAUGGGAUUAGUCAAGUGUGUUUAGCUUUUGCUGCGAAUGGGGAUGAUUCUGAUCUUGCAAUAUUUGGGAAUACUCAGCAGAAGACAUUGGAGGUUGUGUAUGAUGUGAAUGGAGGAAAGGUAGGAUUUGGCAAUGGAGGAUGUGCUUGAAUACAAAUCAUAAAAUGAAUACAAAAGGAUACAUGGUUUACAAAGGUUUAAAGAUGCAUUUUACAUGAAGAUUGUUGGAAUAAGGUAUACAUGUAGGUUUUGUUGAUUACCACUGCUUGAUAUCUAAGAUUUAUGCAACUAAAUGUACAUUAUAUAGCUUGCUUUUGAUUUCAAUCGAACAGAUAUAUAGUUGUCAAGAUCAUACAUAUCAUAUUUGAUUCACAUGUAAAACAAUGCAAAUUAAUCAUGAUAAAUGUUUCCACA